GACGCAUUCUCCCAUCAGCUGUUUUUGUUUUUCUCCUAGAACACUGGAAGUUAAUAACAGCAUAAUAACAGGAUUCCUGACUGGCUACGGCGAAACAUCUCAUUCGGCAGGUGACGGCGUUGACCUUUGAUCUUGUUUCGGCUCGGCAGAACUCUUCCUCUGGGAAAUGAGCGCUUCCCGAACCGCUAUCUGAGCCCGGACAUUCCUUUCCCUCAAGAGUGCGAGCGUGGCGCUUGGAGUCUGGACGCCGAGGAGGAGCAGCGGGCUCCGGCGGGGAUCGGCCCGAGCCAAAGGCCUUCAACCUCGGACAGCGAGACGACAGAGGUUCCGGCGGCUCGGAUGGAGACCCAAGAGGCGGUAUCGGAGGGCCCCGGACCGCACCGCCACUUCAUCUGCGCCUCGUUCAACCAGGACACCACCUCUCUGUCUGUGGGCACGAAGACGGGAUACCGACUCUUCUCCGUCACAGCUGUGGACAAACUGGACUGUAUCCAUGAGGGAGUGGAGUGCCCAGAUGUCUACAUCGUGGAGCGACUGUUCUCCAGCAGCCUGGUGGUGGUGGUCAGUCUCUCCAUGCCCCGUCGAAUGAACGUCUACCACUUCAAGAAGGGGACGGAAAUCUGCAACUACAGCUACUCCAACAACAUCCUGUCGGUGAAGCUGAACAGACAGCGACUCGUGGUGUGCCUGGAGGAGUCCAUCUACAUCCACAACAUCAGAGACAUGAAACUCCUCAAGACCCUGCUCAACACGCCGGUCAACCCAACAGGUCUGUGUGCGCUGUCCGUUAACCAUGGCAACUCCUACCUGGCUUACCCAGGCAGCGCCACCAUUGGAGAGAUCACGGUCUAUGACGCCAAUAACCUGAGCACGGUGACCCUGAUCCAGGCCCACGACAGCCCGCUGGCGGCCCUGACGUUCAACGCCUCCGGCACAAAGCUGGCCAGCGCAUCUGAGAAGGGUACUGUUAUCAGAGUUUUCAGCAUCCCAGAGGGUCAGAAGUUGUUUGAAUUUCGUCGGGGGAUGAAAAGAUACGUUAGCAUCAGCUCUUUGUCGUUCAGCGCAGACGCUCAGUUCCUGUGCGCUUCCAGCAACACUGAGACUGUUCACAUCUUCAAACUGGAACAACACAGCCCCAGUCAAGAUGAGGAAUCUCCAACAUGGUCGACAUAUGUGGGGAAGAUGUUCACAGCAGCCAGCACCUACCUACCCACCCAUGUGUCUGACAUGAUGCACCAGGACCGCGCCUUCGCCACCGUACGGCUCAACAUGUUCGGCCUGAAGAACAUCUGUGCCCUGGCCACGAUUCAGAAGCUUCCACGGCUGCUAGUUGCAUCCUCAGAGGGUUACCUCUAUGUCUACAAUGUAGAUCCGCAGGACGGAGGCGAGUGUGUCCUUGUUCAAAAACACAGACUCUUUGAAUCAGGAGAGGAGCAGGAGGAGGAGAAAGAAGAGGAGAACCAAGAGGACGGCCCCCAGCAACCUGCCGGCCAAUCAUAUGCUGCCACUGUGGCUCUUCCUUCCACGCCUCCUUCCUCCACCACACUCAUGGGCUACUCUGAAGACGGCGGAGCCCAGAGAGGGGAAGUCAUCCCUGAGCAUGAAUUUGCAGAGAGCCCAAUCUGUCUGGAUGACGAGGACGAGUUUCCUCCAGUCGGCAACCAGAGUAAUUAAUCCACCGUUUCUCCAACAUCCCCACCAUGCUCCCGCACAAAAGAAAAAAGAUUUACAGAACAUCUACAGUACUAGUUCAAACAGAAAGAAUGGUCUGAUGACUAAGAGACUCUGCAACCUUCCUCAAAGCUCACCGUUGACCUUGGAUACCAUGUUAGAGGAUUACUUUGUGCUUGUUCCUGUGUUCAUCUCAUUCUGUAAGAAAGAAGCAUUAGGACAUCUCUCAUUAGGAAAACACCUCCUGAUUUCUGUUUUUUCAAUCAGUACAAUGCCAUAACCAGCAGUGUUAAAUAUUUGUGAACAGUAAGAGACCUUGGCAGAGAAGUAACAUUAUCAUUGUAGCUAAUUCCGUUGAAGAAUGCAGACAGUCUCAUUAAGAAACUUAGCGAUUGUUUCCCCCAUUUUAAUUUCAAUGUUUUUUCUCUGAAUAUUGCACUUUAUUCUUAACUCAGAGGUUACACUUUAAGAAAAAUAGUCCGAUAUUUCAUGUGUUCUUCAGGAGGGAUGCUGGAAGUUUGUAUUUGGUAUUAAGUGUAGCCCUUUUUAUGCAGCUUUAACUCUAAGAAAAAUCAUGUGGUGACUGUUUACCAGUGCUGCAUGUCACUUUAAACCUGAAGGCAUAAAAAGAUUUUGAGCAGACUUUACGGUGCCUGACUCUGGCAGUGUUCAGGUGAGAGGUUGGGUUCGACUCAUUCACACCUCUUGAACUUUUUCACAUUUUGUCAUUUUACAGAUGUAACUCGUGAAUAUGGUUUGAUAUAAACAGUGGGGUGUCCAAGAGGGCAGGUUUCCUUUUAUCUAAUCAUCAACCCUAAUCAAUGAUCCUGCCCCUGGUGAAGAAAAACUCUCAGGAUGAUGCUGCCACCACCAUGUUUCACAGUGUGUGUGGUGUGCUUAAGACUAGUUGGCGUCACACACGUCUGCACCGUGUCCCCUACAGGGCUUGUGGUAAACAGUGAAUCGGACUAUCGGUGGCCUUCAUCUAUUUGUUUUUUAUUCUUUGUAGUUGUAACUGAAAUAUGUUUAAUUACGUUACUGCUGACCCAUCUGAGCUACUCUUGUCAGAUUUUAUCUCUAGAAAAAACGUGUCAUUUUCUCAUCUCUUCACAACUAUUCCCUACAUGUAGUCACUCUAUUCCAGUGGUGGCCACACUUUCGCUAAUGCGCUAAUGGUUUAGCUAAUUUUCCACUCAGUGCUUUAGCACUGAAUGAAUGCUAACUUUGAGUAUGUUUAGCGCACCUAGCUUCCCCUAAACUGCAAUAACAACUCUGACCCUGUUUAGGGCAAUUUACUAUGAUGUAACGUGUCAUGGUGGGUAUCAACAUGGUGGAAGCUAGCUCGCUCUAUAGCGUUAGCUUCUGCUAAAUACCAUGUUGGUAUAGCGCUUUAGCCUUAGUGUUUAUGAUUAAUGCUUUAGGGUUAGUGCAGCUAACGUUUUAGCUAGCGGCGCCCACCACUGCUCUUUUCCUUUAAACACAUUGAAGUGACAAGAUGUGAUUUCAAGGGGUGUGAAUAGUUUUGCGAGGCGCCGUAACUGUGUUGUAGUAA